CGGAUUUCCUCGUGGGGUUUAUGCUUCUCUUUCCCUCUUCUUCCAAAACCCUAUAUUUAACUCCUCAAAUUCAGUAGAUUUCUUUCGACGUCCAAGCACCGGGCUUCCAUUUUGAAAAAUCCGAACCCCAUUUUCCGUUUAUCCGAUCACUCCAUCAAGAUGCCACCGAACGAUGACGUUAUCUUUACUUCGCGUGCCACGCUUAAAGUUCCGCACUUUCCUCUGUCUAACUCACAUUCUAGUUUCAGAUUCUGCUUCCGAAAUAUAGCUUCGCAGUUCGAUCAAUCGUGUCACUCAAUAUUCCAGUUCAUUGAUUCAGUUAAGAGAGGGUCAAAAUUGACCCAUUUCAACCACAGUAGUCUCCCUUUCUGCCUACCGCAGCUCCCCUUUUGUGGUUCGAAGAAGAUAACCCAGCAAGGGAAUUCGGUUAGUCGACGCGCGAAUGGGAGUUGGGGGCCAAUGUUUUUAGAUAAAUCUCCUCUAAUUUGUUCGGCGUCAUUGUCGCUAAUUCAAUCCGACGCGUCGAAAAAUGCCGAGUCAGAGACUCGUGCGGAGGAUUCAGACAAGAGUACGGGUUUGGUUGGAAGAUCAUCUCUUCUUUGUUCAGCUUCUUUGGCCUUGACUCGGUCUGACGAGUCGACUCAGUCUGGUGGUUCGGAGAGUAAGGAAUCACCUCAAAAGGGGUAUUCAGCUGGUCGACAGGAUGAGGAGAGGAUUCUAAUCAGUGAGGUUCUCGUAAGAAAUAAGGAUGGUGAGGAGCUGGAGAGGAAGGACCUCGAGAUGGAGGUUUUGACGGCCUUGAAGGCUAGCCGACCCAACUCUGCGCUUACUUUGCGUGAGGUUCAAGAAGACGUGCACAGGAUUAUCAAUAGUGGAUACUUCUACUCGUGCAUACCCGUUGCAGUUGAUACCAGAGAUGGAAUAAGAUUAAUAUUUCAGGUAGAACCAUAUCAAGAGUUCCAAGGGUUGGUAUGUGAAGGUGCUAAUGUCCUUCCAGCAAAGUUUCUGGAGGAAGCUUUUCGUGAUGGCUAUGGAAAAGUUAUUAAUCUCAGGCAUUUUCAUGAAGUAAUAUCAUCCAUCAAUAGCUGGUAUGGUGAACGAGGCCUUUUUGGCAGGGUAUCAGCUGUAGAUAUUCUAUCUGGGGGCAUACUUAGUUUACAAGUUUCUGAAGCUGAAGUAAAUAACAUUUCCAUCCGAUUCCUGGACAAAAAGACUGGCGAGCCGAUUGCAGGAAACACAAAACCUGAGACAAUACUCCGGCAACUUACUACCAAGAAAGGACAGGUCUAUAGUAUGCUCCAAGGGAAAAGAGAUGCAGAGACUGUCUUAACCAUGGGGAUCAUGGGAGAUGUCAGCAUUAUUCCCCAACCUGCAGCUGAUGCUGGAAAGGUCGACAUACUAAUGAAUGUUGUUGAGCGUCCAAGUGGAGGUUUCUCUGCUGGAGGUGGUCUAUCAUGUGGGACCACUGGCGGAGGUGGCCCUUUAUCAGCCCUUAUUGGAAGCUUUGCAUAUUCCCACAGAAAUCUUUUUGGGAGGAAUCAGAAACUCCAUGUCUCCUUGGAGAGGGGUCAAAUUGAUUCCAUAUUUCGUAUAAACUAUACAGAUCCAUGGAUUGAAGGAGAUGAUAAGAGGACAUCACGAACGAUAAUGGUUCAGAACUCAAGGACUCCAGGUACACUUGUCCAUGGUGGUCGUGGCAACCUGACCAUUGGUCGUGUUACAGCUGGUUUAGAAUUCAACCGGCCAAUCAGGCCAAAGUGGAGUGGAACUGCAGGACUUUAUUUCCAGCGUGCUGGUGCUCGAGAUGAACAAGGAAAUCCUAUCAUAAAGGACGACUUCAACAGUCCUCUCACUGCAAGCGGCAAUACUGACGACAAUAUGUUACUGGCUAAAUUUGAGAGUGUCUACACUGGUUCUGGAGAUCAUGGAUCUUCAAUGUUUGUUCUCAGCAUGGAACAAGGGCUUCCCUUUUUACCUGAAUGGUUAUGUUUUAAUAGAGUGAAUGCUCGUGCCAGAACUGGCAUGGAAGUAGGUCCCUCUCAGCUCCUUUUAAGUUUGUCUGGAGGUCAUGUAGUUGGCAAUUUUUGCCCACAUGAAGCGUUUGUCAUUGGGGGAACAAACAGUGUAAGAGGUUACGAAGAAGGUGCUGUAGGCUCUGGUCGAUCUUAUGCUGUUGGCUGUGGAGAGAUCUCUUUUCCCUUGUUUGCCCCUGUAGAAGGAGUUAUUUUUGCUGACUAUGGAACUGAUCUUGGAUCGGGCUCAACUGUUCCAGGUGAUCCUGCUGGGGCUAGGCUGAAACCUGGAAGUGGAUAUGGGUAUGGGUUUGGAAUCCGUCUGGACUCCCCUUUGGGGCCUCUUCGUCUGGAAUACGCGUUCAACGACAGACACGCAAAGAGGUUCCAUUUUGGUGUUGGCUACCGGAAUUAAUCCCCUUUUUCCUACUAUUAGACGGGGAAUCUUCUUUCUUUUAAAUUGCAAACUGCUGCAUCUGACUAAGUUACUGUGCAAAAUUUGAAGCUUAGUACCGUUAUGAGAGCAAGAAAAAUAGCAGUACUUUGCAGGGUACAAAAGCUUCUGAUUGCAGCUUCGAGAUGAGGUACAUUUUCAUUGAAUGAAGCUGAGGCCUGAGGGUGUCAUCAUUUAAAGGUUCAAUCAAUUCUUUUGGUUGCAGUUUGUUGUCUCAGGUAAAUGGUCUUCUUCCAAAUUUCACAUAUCAAUUUGAUCAUUUAAUGGGGUUUAUUUGUGGUCUUGUUUGAUAUGAAGCUGGACAAAGUGAAUCUAUACAAUAUAUUGCAAUGGAGAAAAGUAUGAGGAUAUGUAAUGUUUGGAAAAGGAUCUUAUCUCAUUGUUAUGAUCGUCUAGGCCCCAAUAAAAUAAUGGAGCAUCUUGCAACAAGAAAACUACUUUUUCUUAUUUUUUGGGGAUAAUUUCUUUAGGAAAAUUUGAGUGGGCAGCACCAUUUUCCUAAAUCUAAAUGUAUAAUAUGUAUGGGAGUAAUUAUAUAUAUGGCACCUCAUAAUGUUUGCAAUAGUAAAUA